AUGACGUCAAAGCAAGAAGCGGAUCAAGCGCAGGAACGCGAGUCGAUGGCGUUGGUGCUUGAGCACCUCGUCUCGUCGGGACCAGUGCAUCAGACGAGUGAUCAACUUCAGCAGGGUACCUCGCAGCAUACAGCAAUUACUCCUGGUCCGAUCUCAGUGCAGAUGCAUACAAAAUGGUGGAGCCGCUUCUUCCCGGGUAGCCUCGAGUCGACGAUGGAUCGUUUGUUCGCUAGUCAUCAUAUGGGCAACUACGUUGCCAUUCGAGGUCAGCCCGGCCAAAGGAUCUUUGAGAGCAUGCCCAUCUAUGUUCGAGUAGGUAUGCACCUGCUGUUCUAUAAGAGCAAGGAGCAAUCGUUUUUGCGAUACAAUUCGGUCGAGGAUUUGCUCAAGACCGUAUCCGUGCGCCAAGGCAGGGUGUACGACGAUGAGUCGAAUCCACAAGCCGUGUUGGAGCAUAUUCAGAGCUUUGUUCAGACUUAUUCAAUCAACUUGGACGAGCUUCUGCAGCCAGAUCCAUCGCAGUAUCCCAGCUUCAACUCGUUCUUCUUCCGCAAACUGAAACCGGGAGCGAGACCAAUUGCCGAGCCAGAGAAUGCUUCGAUCGUCUCGUCGUGUGCUGAUUGUAGGCUGACAGUGUUCAGCGAUGUGGGAGAAUCGACCCGAUACUGGAUCAAGGGUGAUGGUUUCACGCUCAACAGGUUGAUCGGCGACACCAAUCUUGCUGACCGCUGCUUCCCGCCUGGCAGCUCAAUCGCAAUCUUCCGCCUUGCUCCAGCCGAUUACCACCGCUUCCACUACCCAGUAGGCCCAGCCCUGUGUGGACCGACAAGACACAUAGCCGGAGAGUACUUUACUGUCAAUCCUCAAGCGGUCAACGCCGACUUCGACGUCUUCUCAGGCAAUCGCAGAGAGGUUCUUGUACUCAAUUGGAGUCCGAAAGGAAAUGCAAGCCCUCCCAUCCCUGUGGCAUUUGUCGCGAUUGGCGCGAUGCUGGUGGGUUCCAUUGGAUGGACUAAUGCCAGCCAGGGCUCGUCUGUGCAGCGCGGCGACGAGUGCGGCUACUAUGCGUACGGCGGCUCGACCAAUAUUGUAAUCUUUCCGCCCGAGGCCAAGGUGAAAUGGGACCAAGAUCUGCUAGACAGCUCCCGCAACGGCCUCGAGACCAUGGUUCGCGUCGGUGAACGUAUCGGCGUCUCUAACGUGUAA